AUGCCGGAUAGGUUACUGGGAAGUGAGACACCAGCUCUAUCUCUAACUCCUGAUAGUAGGACGCAAUUAAGUCGAUCUCCACUAUUGGUGCCCAGUCAUGCCUCAGAUGAUGCUAGCUCGUUGAACGAUGAUCUAUCUGUAUUAUCUAGAAACAGGGAUCAAAUAAGGGACAGUAUGUCUAUGAGGCGUAGUAGUUUUGAUUCCACAUUCAAUUCUUUUUCUACAACGAUGCAUACCCAAAAACACGGUCUUGAUUAUUCACCGUUGGUUGAUAAUUCAAUAUAUGAAAUUGUGAUGAACACCAGAUUUAAAAGAUGGUUGCGGCACCCAACCACCGAGGAUAUUCCCCCUGUAGUUCUAAGCAAGAACGAUAUUAAGGAUAAAUGGGACAAGGAUAUUAAUCAAUACAGAGAUGACAUUAAAGACGAAUAUAGGGUGUAUCAAUCGACAAAUAAUAUAUCAAAGUUGAACCGAAUGGAGCAAAUGAGAUCUAUUGAUCAUGAUAAAACUGCCCUUGGAUUGCAAAAUACGAAAGCCAAGGCAUUUGAAGAAAUACCUGAAUUCUAUUUUGAUAAGGAGUUCAAAUUAGAUCACCCCAAUUUCUUUCGAAUGCUUCUACGAGAUUUUGAGUUUGAUGCCAAUCAACUACUAAAUGAUGAUGAUAAAGUUAGAAAUGACAGCUAUGAAGAGCUUCAAGGAAGAUUGGCAUUCUACUUAGAUACUGUUGAGGGACUCCUUGUUUCUGAAAUCUCCAAGUCUAUACAAAGCUUUUUUGACGCUUUGGAAGACGUCGAUAAGAUUAGAGAAAAUGCGACAGAGACAAUCAACGAGUUGGAUUCUGCUGCUGAGGCCCUUGAGAGGAUAAAUGGGGAUAAAAUCUCAAAAAGAAUUGAGAUGAUUAAAGAUCUCAUAAGAAGGAAAAAUGUGGAAAAGUUACAACAGGGGAUCCUACAAGUAAAACUAGCGAAAGAAAAAUGUGAAGAAUGUAAAGAAAUAUAUCAAGAAGAAAAACUACAAGAGUGUUUGAAAUUGGUUAAAGCAGUUGAGAACUUAAUAAAUGGUGACAAUGAUGAUCCCACUGUCAAUGAUUGGACCUCUCAGUGGCCGUACAAACUCACAAACAUCUCAAGUUUUUCUAGUUUACAGGGCAUAAUAGACAUGCUAAAUAAUCUGAAGGUUGACAUCGGGGGAUCUUACUCAUUGAGUCUGGUUACCGUACUAUUGGAAGAUUUGAGGACGUAUUCGAAGUCUCAAUCGAAAAAUGACACGAUCAUCAAAUUGCAAUCUAGGAAGGAUAAGAACAAACCUCAUUUAAAGAUCGAUGAGACCUUCCGAAAGCAAAUCAAAGAAAAUCUAAUACAAUUAAUCGAUUGUGAUCAGUUGGUUCCGGCAGUGAAGCUAUACGAGGAUAAAUUUAUAGCAGAGUUGAAAUCUGUUAUUAAGGUUAAUCUACCGCAUGAGAGACAAACACCUGAAGAGUCGAAAGAUGGCUCUAAACCAACUGCCGCCAAUGGGUCAAGGCUAUCAAAGUUGAUUCAAGAACAAUCAUCUCAAGAGUUCCAAUCAAUGCUUGUAAAUAUAUUCACUUCUGAAAUCGAACUAUUGAAGAGGUUAACGCGGCAUCAGAAAAUGCUAUUAGACAUUUCGCUAAGUGAAUUACCGACAACGGCAGAGCAAUCUGAUAAGAUGAUUAUUGAUCUUGAUAUUCGGAAAAGCGUUAACGAGGGUAUAAGGAUAGUACAGCUUCGAAUGGGGAAAAUAAUCUCAGUGAGACGGGAUAUCACAUGUACAUUACGUUUCGAUCAUUUCCUUCAGUUCUACGAGAUAUGCAUGCUUUUCAUGAGAGAGUGUGAAUCUAUAAGCGGUGAAUUUCUAACGAAGUAUCUUUCUGACGUAUUGAACCUCCAAAUCGAUACAUAUUUGAAAUCUUUACAAAAUUUGAACAUAAGGGUUUUGAAACAAAAGAUCGAUGUAGAGAGAUGGACACCAUUCAUCGUCGAGCCCGAAUUGCAAAAGGAUGUCAAUGAUAUUGUAUCGUGUAUUGACAUUGAUCCGUCAAAUUGGACACGAUUCAUCGAGUUGAACAAACCUUCUCCAUUAGACGAAACAAAGGAUGAGAAGCAAUCCUCUACCGGUCACAAAAAAUCCGUUGUCUUAGGUGAUAAGACAUUCGUGGCAAGCGAGGCUCUAAUCCUUGCCAUCAAAAUGAUCAAAACUUUAUUGGUACUCGCCUCAAACUUCCCAUCACAGUAUGCAAGACAUUGCGAACGUCAAUUGUCCGAUGUCUUGAAAUUCUUCAAUACAAAGGCAAUAGAAUCUAUAUCAUCAUCACUGACAGACAGACUAUCUACAAAGACAGAUAAAAACUUGAAUAUCAUGGCCGAAUCACUUGAUUGUCUAGCGGAAAUAACGCUACUACUACAAGGGUAUUUCCAACGUACGCUGGGAUCUAAGACAGAUAAGUACGAAAACAUCUGGAAACAAUUACAACAGUCCAGUGAGAAAUUGUUCCAAACAAACAAUAUCCCGCCUCCUGUUUAA